UUCUGAAGUCAUUUUCGGCAAACUGACAAAAUUGGGUCCUCUUUUUUCAAGAUCCAGCGUAGCGUCAACCAUCCCACAUUCGAGGCUUCGAGAAAGAAGAAAGAAGAUCCCACACAAACUUGAACUCAUUGCUUGGUUCCAAGUCGUACAGCAGUUUCUAUCGAAGGAACAAGAAGAGCAGCACCAUGUCGUCGUUCGGAGGGGGCGAUGCCCGCAACAAGCAAAUGACGGACACCAUUGGGUGGUGGGCCCGGGCGUUCCAUCCCGACGAGGAUGUGACUGAAAAUCCCGAGGUUGGUAUGAAGAGUGCCCAAGAGAUGCAGGAGAUUUUGACUUGGUGGGGUCAAGGCCAUCCCGGUGGUCCCGAUGAAAUGGGAAAGAAGACGAUGCAAGUCAAGCAGGUCUUGGACGGUUGGGGUGACGCCAGUAUCGCCCUCAAAGACAAGGCCAAGGCACUGCAGGAAGCCAUGGGAUGGUGCAUCGAGAACUACCCCGCGCACCGCAAAAAACUCAAAGAAUUGGAAGGAAAAACCGAAACCAAGCAGAAGUUGAUUGAGUUCUUUGAAGUCAUCAAACAAAGCAAAGCUGACGACUACUUGGAUUUCUGGAAGUCCAACAUGAAAAAGGAAAUUGAUAUUAAGGCGUUUGAAGGAGACGAGAAGAAAAUGGCAAAGAAGUGCGAGAAAGCAUUCCUGGUGUGGCGUGACAGAGAAUUGGCCAAACCCACCAAGCAAACUGGAAAGGAUCUGGAAGAAACACUCUUGUGGUGGUCCAAGAACCGCAAGAAGAAGAUUGAAAAAAUGAGCUACGAGGAUCGUCUCAUGUUUGACAAACUCGCACAGGGUGUCUCGGGACGCAAAAUGCCCGAAUACGGAUCCGACGAAGAAGUACCCGCCGAUGUCGUCGAAUUCAUGCGAAACAAGAACAACAUCAAGAUUUUGGAAGACACACUCGCACUGUGGCACAAGCACGACGAACCCGUCGACACCUUUGGACACAUCAAGAACGAAGAGGAACGAAUGAAGCUCACCAAGUUGAGAGAUGCAUUUGUUCAGUGGCAAAAGAUGAAAUUGGAAGAUCCUCUUACCGCAAAGGAUGCAAACAGGAUCCGAAAGGAAAUUGCCAAAGCCAUCAUUUGGUGGGAAGAAGAGGAAGGAGAAAGCUACGACGCCGAUGAUGCCUUGGAGGAAAUGAAACACGAUGUGUGGAAGGCCAUGUCUUGUGAGCAGGCUGUUGGUCUCUGGCAUAUGGCCAUUGGUAAGGCUGGACGUAUUCCUCCGCUCAACGAACAGUCCAAACUCGAUGCGGUCAAAACAUGCGUCGAAGUUGAGGACGCCAUGUCCUUUUACAGAAAAGAGGGACAAUUCAUGGACCUCACCGAAGCCGAGGCGGCCCAGGCAGAAUACGACGACAAGUAUGAAAAAGCAAAGCGAUUGGCCAAGUUUUGGGGUCGGUACAGUAAGCCCGUGGAUUCGUCACGAUCUGCUGCGGCGGCCGAAUUGAUGACGGAGAUCAUGGAAUGGAACCGAGACACAAAGAAGAAGAAGAAAAAGGAAGAACCCGAGAAGAUUACCAAAGUGGAGGGUUUUUUCGGUAUCUUCCACCCCAUCCAAGCCCCUGACAUUAACGACAAGGAGGCAACAGAGGAAUUGCUGGAUAUUCUGGAGUGGUGGGGAACGCAAGGUUAUGAGGUGGAAUUGACAAAAGUCGGCGGCGACCACAAAAAGCACCUUAAGAAACUAAAAGAGGCAGUGAAAUAUGCCGAAACAACGGACUCAAAUGCAUUCAAGUCCACCGAAGACGAAGGUUUGGAGUGGAAGCGUGAUCCCGAUGCUGCCCUGGAGAUGGAGAAAGAAAUUGACUACAACAUCAGUGAUAUCUUGGAUUGGUUCAAAGGAGGCCAAAUUUCAGCCAAGAAAAAGAAGCACAUUGGCAAACUUGAAGGGUACAUUAAGAACUGGUGGGACAACCUUACUGACGAAGAGAAGGAAAAGGAAGUCGAUCCCACUGGUCAGAAUAUGGAUGCCUACAUUGGCCCCGAGGUGGACAAUCUUGUGGACAUGUACAAUUCUAUCAAUCCCCUACAAGUGUUUUGGAAGGAUAAGGGAUAUGAGUAUGCAAAGCGCAGUGGCUUCUACAAACCGGAAGAGGCGGAGGAUUUUAACCAAAGAGUUGAAGAAUGUUGGGAAUGGUUGUCCGUGAAGCUCAACCAGAAGAAAGGCGACGGUGACGAGGAAAGUGACGAUGAGUAAAGCGGCAACAAAUUUCUGGAAAUGUUUGUAUGCGGUGUGGACAGUGUGACCAAUAGUUUCGUGGAGCCGCAACACUCAACAAUCUACUUUGCCAUUUGUUCCGUGUGCGAGAGAAAGGGGCCUGUGCCAUUCUUCCUUCUUCGAGUCUUCGGCCGGCCUGUAGUGUAGGUGGCGAGUUGAGACUACCUGUGUUGUGGUCUUUAUAUAUUUAGUAACUACUUAGAAGCUCAGCGCAUGGCCCCAAUGCUGGACUUCUACCCUUCCAAUUUGCGAAGCAUUUUUUCGAUUUGGUGCUCGUUUAUUUUAGAACCAUCCCAGACCCCAGAGAAUCAUAGAAAUGUUACGAACGUUGGAAGCUGACCCGCCUUUCGUUUCCCUGGCGAUGGACCACCCCCCUCCCGGUGAAGUGCGCAGCAAAGGCAGUUGUCAGCUACGGCAGCUUUUUUCGGUGUGGUUUUCGCAUACGCUAGUUCUGUGAGAUGUGGUCGGAUGUGCGAAUGGAGUUGUCUUAAAAAUUGCAGAACACGCUUUGCUCAUGGUUGUGCGGUUU